AUGCGGACGCUCGCCACAUUGCUUGUCAGCCCAGUCGCCAUCUUCCUCGGCACGACUUCUGCUACCCCCGUCAAGUACACUGGCGUACAGAGAUCCGAAAAUGGUAAUGAUUGGCGCCCCUCGGACUACUACGACUCCUCGGUCCAGAUCCUUCUCCUCCGAUCAUCCGGUACAGAGUACUAUUGGCAAAUGUACCAAGGCCCAGCCCUAGUAUCUGUGGAUCCUUGCGGCUAUCCAGACCCCUUCAAGGUCGCGGAUUUCAAAGGCGUGUACCAUUACGGACGAGACGCGAUUGACAACCCUCCGCAAGCUCCUGCUCUUAUGCCAGACAGGAGGGAAACGCUGUAG